AUGGCCUACAUGUCUAUGUCCCUCCACGCCGUCAACCACCGGUUGACCAACGUGCCUGUGAAGCAACUACCGCAUCUCGCAUCAUGCCUCGCAUCCUCCAUUAGCAAUUGCGGGGAGCUGCUGUCAACUCCCCAGAGCCAAAAGUCGGGCAAGACGGACUCUGACAAUGCCGUUCAGAUUCAUAAGCUCAUUACUCGCUUGGGGAGUUUGCUGCAGGACCGCACGUACGAAGGUCGCUGGACCGCGGUGGUGCUUGUGAAGGCGCUGGUCGAGGCUGGCCAGUGGGAGAUUCUACGCUCGAGCGAACCGUUUGUUCGCGGAUUGAUCAGCAUUUUGGCUAAAUCGGACCCCGUUUCCACGAAGAAAAUGUGCAUUAUCACCUUAACUCGCAUCUUCCACCUGACCUACCAGUAUCCGACCCUCGUUCGCGAGAUCACCACUCCGUCUCUGCCAGGCUUCAUUACCUCUGCCUUGAAUCUGAUCUCCGUCAAGCCAUCUUCUGAACCCGUCCGGAGACUCAAGCCGAAUACUCCCUUCGUCGAAGUUGUACUCCAAGCCGUCAAUGAACUGAUCGCAAGGCACCCGACUAUCUUCCGGCCGUUCACCGCGCAGAUUCACAGUAUUCUUCAGGUCAUCAUCGGAUCCACGUCGCCCACUUUCCCGGAACAUGUAUUGGAAAUCGCUCAGCAGCUAUUCAUCUCCCUCCACAACUGCGCCCCGAAGAACACCGGCGGCGAUGAAUGGAAGAGCGCUUGUCGCAUGACCAUCACCUCUGUUCACGCGGCGUCGUCUUACGUGCUGAGGGCCAUUGUGGAACAAUGGGAGUCCGUUGACCCGUCGCUACGACAGAUGUCGCAACCGCAGAACUACAGCCAAGAAGUGGGCAACGGCCCUGACGCUUUGGGGCUUGAGGGCUGGCAGGGUCUGAAUUCCGGUGUCAACCGGCUGGUUGUGCUCUUGCGCAUGCUCUCUGGAUUCGUCGGCACCGCUACUGCUUCUACCGUGACUAUUCCGGUUGGAGCGAUCCUGGAUCUGACGUCUCGACUGAACAUGGUGGUGUAUCCCUCCGGUGGCAGCGACAUCCAAGCCAACCCCCAGAUUGGCCGCGCGGAGCGAGAGCAGCUGCUCACCGAACUCCCUCGCAUCCACAUCGCGUGCAUGAAGCUCCUUCUUCACCUGGUCAAGGCUCUCGAAACCAGCGCCAUCCCCGUGGCACAGAACAUCCUGGAGCAGGCGCUGUGGGUUUUCCGUGCGGAGCAAUUCAGCCGGGAUGUCCGCACCGCCGUGUAUGAUCUGGUCUGCGCCCUGCUCACCCGCAUCGGCCCCUCCAUGACCAAGCAGAGCGUGUCCUCCCUCGCCUCUAUGAUCCGCAAAUGCUGCCACGACCUCCUGCCUCCCACCGGCAACCAGGGCGCAGCCACUGAGAAGCCGGACCCCAAGUCGAAGAACAAGUCCAGCCAAGCCACCGUCAACGCCGACUCCUUCCUGAACCCCGGCCUGAAACAAGUCCGUCAGACCAGCUCCUCCUCGUCCUUCCCUGACCUCACACGCGCUGCUUCCGAGCUCCUCGCCGCCGCGCUGACGCACACACCGUCCGAGUUCAUGUCACCGGCCCUUCGCGCCGAGGUCGACCGCACCCUCAUCCUGACCUCGGACAAGAACGCUAUGCUCGCCAGCGUCCUCAACCCAUUCCCAGCUAUGCAAGGCCGUGGUGUCGGCACCAGCAUUCUCCCCUUCCUGGCGCGCAGCUAUCCCGCCGAAACGGAAGUGGAAUGCCUCAUCCGCCCGCGCAUGCCUGUGGUGAUGAGCGGCCCCACAACCAACGGCUACGUGCCCAUGGAAGACGACGAAGACGAAGAUGAAGACGCUGCAGCCACCGCCGUUCCCACAUCUACAGCAACCGGGUUCCUUAAGCCCACUCCCACCCCCACCCUCCAACACCAUGACAUGAUGGACGUGGAGAAAGAUAUUCCCUCGCCGCCAAGCAAACGCAGCUACGCCGAUGAAGUCGAGCAGCCGGCGGCAUCAUCUGCUGUCCCAUCAGCGACGACGACGACGAGUAGCCCCGGCUCGCAGAGCAAAAAGGCCCGGUUCGAACCAAAGGCUGCUGCUGCGGUGACCCAGCCGCCUCUGGACGCAGCAUCUCCGGCGACUUUCACCGGCACGGCUGCUAUCUCUGUCCCUACGUCGUCCAUCGCCGGGCCGGCUCCGGUGCAGACGCCAAAGCCCGCUCAGUCUUCUAUUGCUAAGCCAUCUGCCUCGGCCGCGGCGGGAGCAGCUGAGGAUGAGAGCGAUGAUGAAAUGCCCUCUCUGAAUGUCGACCCGGACACAGAUGAUGAGGACGAGGAUGAGGAGUAA